AAUUGUGGGAAGACGGCGGAGGCGUCAUGGCGCUGACGGCGGUUUGCCGACGGUUAUCCACCGUGCUUCGGGUGACCGGCGCGAGUCGAGGCGGCGCGGCGGCUUCGGCUUCCAGAGGACUCAUUGGUGAUUGGCCAAAAAAGUCUACAGAAGUGAAGAUUUGUCCCUGUUCUGUAUUGCUACAUACAUCAGUAUCUCGAAAUGCAUUGGAGGAAUUUUUUGAUGACCCCAAAAACUGGGGAAAGGAGGUUAAAUCGGGAGAUUCCUGGACGGUCGAACAGCUUCGAGGCAAAAGCAGUGACGAUUUGCAUAAGCUUUGGUAUGUCCUGCUAAAAGAGCGAAAUAUGCUUUUAACAUUAGAGCAAGAAGCAAAACGGCAGACUCUGACAAUGCCAAGUCCAGAAAGAUUGGAAAAGGUUAUAAAAUCCAUGGAAAGAAUGGACCAGGUCAUUCAGGAACGGGAAGACGCUUUGCGACUUUUGCAGACUGGUCAAGAGAACGAAUGGCCAGGCGAAUGGAGAUAUGAUUUCCUUGGGCGUAUUAUUUGGUAUACUUUCAGAGAAUGGCCAAUUCCCUGGUACUUGAACGCAAGGCACAAGAAGAAACGAUUCUAUUACCUGUCAAAUGUCAAGCCUUUUAUAAGACUUCGAUAUGAGAAACUCCUGCGCAUGAAAUACAAGAAGGAGGCAAAGCAAAGGAGAGAGAAGCGUUUACAGGAAGAAGCUCUAGCUGCAGAGUCUCAGAGUUAAUACGGAACUGAAAGUAUUUGACGUUUGAGAAGACUAGAGGAAUAACAAGAGGGCUGCUGUAAGUGAAAACAUGAUACAAAUGCUUUGACUUUGGUCAUUACUUACGAAUGGACACUAAGGUGGGAAAUAUUUUGUAAGUUCAGAAAGCAGCUCAUUUUUUUAUUACCAAAAUAAAACUUCUCCAUACCUGC